AUCAUGCCCCAUCUCACUUCACUUUUAGCUCAACGUAAUGGCCCCUUUCACACCUUCGAGUUCUUCCCUCCACGCACAGAAGCAGGUCUGGUAAACUUACUAGAUCGUGUCCGACGUUUAGCUUCGGAACCUCUCCCUGCUCCCUUGGCCGUAUCCGUCACAUGGGGUGCCGGUGGUGCCACCGCCGACCGGUCCUUGGAACUCUCUGAACAAAUCACGAAACUCGGUCUGGAGGUUAUACUACAUUUAACAUGUACCAACAUGCCCAAAGAGAAGGUCGACGAUGCUCUCUCCAAAUGUAAAGAAAUGGGAAUCACCAAUAUCUUAGCACUUCGAGGUGAUCCACCUAGAUCAGAAGAAUACGCAGUGAUUCCUCCCACGGAACCGGACUUGUUUCAACAUGCCGAUGAUUUAGUGAGAUAUAUCCGUGCGGAGCAUGGUGAUUAUUUCUGUAUUGGAGUAGCUGGAUAUCCUACACCUCAUCUAGACUCUGAAAGUGUGGAGGAUGAUUUAAAAUGGCUUAAGGUCAAAUGUGAUGCCGGAGCGGAUUUUAUUAUCACUCAAUUGUUUUAUGAUGUGGAAGGUUUCGAAUCGUGGAUCAAGGAAUGUCGUCGGAUUGGCAUCAGUGUACCGAUAAUACCUGGAGUUAUGCCGAUACAAAAUUUCGCUUCUUUCAGAAGACUUGUUAACCUCACACAUACACCCGUCCCAGUUUCUAUUAUGUCAGAUCUCGAGCCUAUCCGAACCGACGAUGCAGCUGUCAAGCGAUACGGUGCCAAAUUAGCCACCCAGAUGGUCCGUCGACUUCUCUCCUCAUCCCUUGUACCUGGCGUUCACUUCUGCACCCUCAACUUGGAAAAAUCAGUUCGGACAAUACUUGAAAACCUCGGCUGGUCGGCCGAAUCCAACCAACUGAAAUCAUCCCCUCUCCCAAGACACAACCAAUUAAUCGAUGACGAUGAUGUCGUUGCAGGAACGAAGCAACCCGCCGCUCCAGGUCUCUCCAUCUCUCCAAGCGAAGCCAGUCAUCUCGCUCAGUGGGGUCUGAAAAACAAAGCUCUUCCCCCUGCUCCAAAGAAAGAUAGCUGGGACGAAUAUCCGAAUGGACGUUUUACGGAUGUCCGGUCUCCAGCUUAUGGGGAGAUAGAUGGAUGGGGAUCGGGACUCAAAAUCACCCCUGCUCAAGCGUUGAAAGAUUGGGGUGUUCCAAUCAACUCGGAAGAUCUGUCAGAUCUUUUUUGCAGAUAUCUGCGAUCUGAUCCCACUGCCCCUACUACCCCUUUCUGUGAUCUUCCGCUGAGCUCGGAAUCAGUCAAGAUAUUGCCUCAUCUGCUAAAGUUGAAUUCGGCCGAGAUGCAACAUUGGACGGUGGGAAGUCAACCGGCUGUGGACGCAGCGGAAAGUGGAGAUCCGAUCCAUGGAUGGGGUCCAAGAGGGGGAUAUGUAUUUCAGAAGGCGUUCGUGGAGUUUUUCGUUCCUCUGAGCAAAGUGGACAAGAUAGAACAAAGAUUGACAAGGAGGACGGAUGGGAUGAUAAGCAUGUAUGCGGGAAACAAGAGGGGGGAUUUCAAGACAAACACUUUGAAAGACGCUGUCAACGCUGUCACCUGGGGUGUUUUCCCAGGUCAGGAAAUUGUACAAUCUACAAUAAUCGAAGAAACGUCUUUCCUCGCUUGGAAGGAAGAAGCAUUCGAUAUCUGGACCGAAUGGUCUCGUCUCUAUCCACGCCUGUCUCCCGCUCGGAAACACCUCGAACACAUUGCCGACGAAUGGUGGUUGGUUAGUUUGAUUCAUCACGAUUAUAAAGAUCCCGAAGCUCUUUGGCGAUUCCUUCUUGACCCUCCUAGUCCGCAAUGAUCAUCCAACGCUUUUUGAUCAUCUUCAUCCUGUCCACAUCUCCGUAAAUCUCCCUUGUUUCUGUUAUAGAUUCAUCUUCGAUAAGCUCAUUUGGGCAUUUGAUGUGAAGAUCAGUCAGACAUUUCGGUUCACUUGCAUAGUUACCAAAUAAAUAAAAUGCAUGGGUACAAAUGACUCGUCG